AUGCGCACUCUCAACUCAUCGGCCAUCAACAUCAACAACUCAACUUCGGCCUCGUCCUUCGACACACCCUCCUCGCGAUCUCCCGUUCCCGCCCUCACCUCCCACAACGGCCGCUCCGCCACACCGUCCGCCAGAUCGCUCUCCGCCUCCUCUGCCAACAACACAAAGCGUUUCCCCGCUGCCAAGUCACCGAAGUCGCCCGUAACGGCCACACCUCAGAUCCGCGCUCGGUUCCCCUCCGCCCCCGUCAUCUCCUCCGACUCUCGCUCGCCGCCGCUCGGCUUCCACGAACACAAGCAGCAGCAACAUGUCCUGGCAUUAACUACGACCACGACACGCUCAUCCUCCUCGAGCGCCUCCAAAAUGCCGCCGGGCGACUCCAGGCCCCGGCCCCCACAGCUAAGCGCCGCUGCUCUCAAGAAUGUCGGACGAACGCCCCUUACGCCUAAGAUUGCUGCCAAGGGCCUUGCGGUAGCUCCCCCCCUUGGACGACGGUCGACACAGAAUCGAGAUGACGGCUUCGUAAACUCUCUCACUCCUCGCUCCGGUGGCCGCCAGAGCCGUGGCGAGAGCACAAACACCACACCUAAUGGCACCCCAAACCCGGAGCGAGGCCACGAUGGCUGGGACCCACGAGCAACUUUGGCAAUUGACGGCGGAAGACAGUCUCUUGCCGCGGCUGAUUCUCCAGGAGACUCUGUAGACUCCAAGUUCUUCUACGCCAGCGAGGCCCGGCCUGUCCAGCAACCACCUUCCCGGCCCUCCACCGCUGCCACGAAGUCGUCCAAGACUUUCUUCUAUGCGAAUGGGGCCACCGCCGAACCCAAAAGGGCCAUGAGUCCUCCCGUGAAGCCAGCCUUCGCCCCGAUGCUGGCAACGCCUCCUGAACCCGCAACCUCCAAGUUCUUUUACGCCAGCGGCACUCCCGAGAUAUCUUCGAAAACAAGUCUCCAAUCCUCUGGCCCGUCGUCUAGCUCAAGCUCGAGGGUGGCGGCUGGACGCCCGAGCACGAGCAGCUCAGCUACUGGCCCUGGGCACUGUGUGCCUCAACGACCAAUGUCUCCAACAAAGAUACUCCAACAACCUCCGCCAAUCCUAAAAAACACGACAACACCCGGCCUAAACAGCAGACCUCCGUUAGCUUCACCGCCCCCUCUGGCACCCUCUUCGAGCGCCAAUACGAAGAGGCGAAUCAGCACUGAUUCGGCCCCCAGGUCAAGGGGCCAUUCGAGGACCGUGAGUGUCCCUACCAUCGACUCGCUACACUCUCCCAGGAUGCCAGUCUCGCCGCCUCAACAACCCUCUGAACCGUCGUCUCCCCCUGCGAGCCCUAUUGUGGUCCAGCCAGCUAUGACCAUGGCAUCCAUCCUCCAAGCUGUCGAGGACUUCACCGAGGAGAAUGAUGAGGACUCAUCUCCAGAAGUCCAGAGCCCGACAAAGUCGACACACCCCCCGGACCCUGUGAAUGAUGUGGUGACCAAGGCCCGGAGAGAGCGCAAGGUCCAGGACCUCGAAAUCAGAAACGGUUCGCUCGAAGCCAUCAACCGAACUCUUGAGAGACAACUACGAAAGCAGACAGCCGAAAUUCGCAGGUUUAAACGCAUGUCUCGCAUGUCUCUUGCCUCAGCAGCCUCUAGCCGAGUCCCAUCCACAACACUCCCCGAUAUUCAAGUCAACCUCCCCGACCUAAGCGAGGAGGAGGAAUCGUUCAUGUCAGAAGAAGAAGAACCGGACUCCCUUGACGAUUCGGACCUCGAAAGUCUCGAUCUCUCAUCUGAUCCUCUCGAAUCCAAUGAGAAGCUGACAAUUCGACGGAAUCGAGACGAGCGUCGCUUACAGCUUGACCUCACCAAGCACCAGGAACUCCUCGUUGAUAGCCAGAAAAUCAACCAAAGCCUUAAGCGUUGCCUCAAUUGGACAGAAGUUCUCAUCAAGGAGGGCCAGAAAGCGCUCGAAUACAGCGUUCGCGUAUCCGACGUUGACUUUGGUGGCCACGUGCUAUUACCUCCGGACGAAGACGAUGCAUCUCAUCUCGACGAUGCAUCUCAUUUCGACGACGCAUCUCAUUUCGACGAUGCAUCUCAUCUGGACGAUGCAUCUCAUUUGGAUGACCAACUGCUAGAGGAUGAUGACCAGCUACUAGAGGAUGACCAGCUACUCGAGAGUAUAGACGCUAGGUUAGAACCGCCACCGCCGUGGGAAAAGAGCUCCCAGGACCGUGACAGCGGCAUUGAACUCCAGGCCGAAGGAAUGUGA